GCCGGCGCCAGGCCAAGCCAAUCCCCUUGGUGAAGGAAGCUCGGCUGAUGCUCAGCUCACCGGGGCGGGGAGUAAAAGGGAGGUAACCAGGAUUAGAGCUUGGCGGGUACCGGCUGCGGAGAAGCUGAGGCUGGCCGGAGGGCGCACACUGACAGGACAGAGAAAAGUUGCUUGCAAACAAGACCAUAGCUUGAGCCAUCAUGGAACAAGCAGUCAGCGAACCAGUGGGAGACCAGGUCACACGGAUGCGUUUGACAGGGGACAUGGCCAAAGCUAAGAAGUGCACGGUGAUUGGAGGUUCGGGGUUCCUGGGCCAGCACCUGGUGCGGCAGCUGCUGGCCAGAGGCUACAGCGUCAACGUGUUUGAUAUCCGCGAAGGCUUCAAUGAUGCCCGCGUGCACUUCUUUCUGGGCGACCUCUGCAGCCAGCAGGACCUGUUCCCGGCUCUGGAAGGCGUGAGUACUGUUUUCCACUGUGCAUCGCCCUCGCCAUCCAGUAACAACAAGGAGCUCUUUUACAAAGUGAACUUAUCUGGCACCAGGAACGUCAUCGAAACUUGCAAAAAGGCCGGGGUUCAGAAACUCAUUUUAACCAGCAGUGCCAGUGUCGUCUUUGAGGGCGUCGACAUCAAAAACGGAACCGAGGACCUCCCUUAUGCCGUGAAACCCAUCGACUACUACACUGAGACGAAGAUCUUACAGGAGAAAACCGUGCUGGACGCCAACGAUCCGGAGAGGAAUUUCUUCACCACAGCCAUCCGCCCUCAUGGCAUCUUUGGCCCAGGGGACCCCAAUUUGGUCCCCGUCCUUGUCGAGGCAGCAAAAAAGGGCAAGAUGAAGUUCAUGAUCGGAAAUGGGCAGAACCUGGUGGACUUCACCUUUGUGGAGAACGUGGCCCAUGGUCACAUCCUGGCGGCAGAGCACCUCUCCCGAGACGCCCCACUGUGCGGAAAGGCGUUUCACAUCACCAAUGACGAGCCCAUCCCUUUCUGGACCUUCCUGUCCCGCAUCCUGAGCGGCCUCAAUUAUGAGCCCCCCAAGUACCAUAUCCCCUACUGGGUGGCCUACUACCUGGCCCUCCUGGUGUCCCUGCUGGUGACACUGGUCAGUCCCAUCAUCCAAAUCCAGCCCACUUUCACGCCCAUGCGGGUUGCGCUGGCGGGCACAUUCCACUACUACAGCUGUGAGAAAGCCAAGAAGCUGAUGGGCUACCGGCCACUGGUCAGCAUGGAUGAGGCCGUAGAGAAGACCGUGGGAAGCUUCCCCCACCUACGGAAGGUCAAGUGAGGACCCGGGCUGGCCACGUGCGCCUGCCCACCAGCUCUCCCCCUGCACUGACCGGUGAAAAGCCUUCAAAGAGCUUAGCGUGUCCUGCCUCCUGGGACCACAAGGAUGCUGGCAACCACAGACCUUCUUUCCCAGCACGAGAUUUGGAUUUCUUAAAGGGAGCUGCUUCAUGUUCUAUGAUUUCAUUUUCCAUCUCUGUCUUACUGUCUCCUCCCUUCCACUGUCUCUCUUUUCUCUUCCCUUGCCUCCCAGCCCCUCCCCUCCUCUCUGAUUCUUUAUCACAGCAGCCACCCCCUGAAGUCACCCAUUUCAUUCUCGUGGCCUUGUACGUAAUAGCAGCCAUGGGAAAGAAACAACCCCUUUGCGAAUGCAGGAUGAGAAACCAGAUUAUUCCCAUGCAAACCAAUACUAGAGUGGGAAGCCGCUAGACUACUGAAGGAGCUGUGCCUUAACAGUGUCCUAAAGAAAAGCGUAAGUCACAAACAAGUAUGAGACUUCACAUGUACAUUUCAUAUCAACAUAGUUUAGACCAAAACACACAGAGAACGUAUAGACACUUGGAGCUUCCUGAUUGAUAGAGAAGGCCACUGGCUGUUGACAUUCCAUGCUUCAUCACUCUCUUUUGAGGACUGUCACGGUGCUUGCCUGUAUUACUUUUUAUAAACUACUCUGGGUCAUCAGAGUCCCGUUGUUUGUAGUGGCAAGUGGCAAUCUGGUGCUCUGUUAGCUGCUAGGCUCUUCCCUGACACAGGGCCUGGCUGGUGCCGCCGGGGAGAGGGUGCUGCAGGGCGCUCCUGCUGCUCAUGCUUAGACUCCUUGGGACCCAGUGCAAAUAACCCUUCCGCCUUUUCUAUUUUCUGGUGACGAUUUGCUUCCAGAAGCUGGCUUCUUCUCAGACUAAUCAAAAUGUGAUCUUGAAGAUUCCCAUGGUCUUCACCUCCAUCCAAGGGGAGACCAGAAUAAAUGAACUCUCCAGGC